AAGAACUUCUAAAACUUGGUAAUUCAGAACGCCAUGAAUAUUCGUGAGGCGCAUUUUUCCUUAAUAUUUGUUAUCAAAAUAACUGAGGUCAUAAUAAACCCAGUUGUUGUAUAUUAUCAGUCGUUUAUAGACCUGACAAGUGAUCUUCCUCCAUAAUGUGUAAAUUGUUUUUAGUCUAUGUUUUUACACUGCAAAUUAUUGUUGGACGCAGCGAUAGAGAAUGCAAAAAUUCAUCGUGCGUUAAGUUGGAAGAAUGUAAAGCAGCUGUCGCAUUACUGCAAAAUAGAUUGAGUGAUAUAGCGGUCAAUUUUCUAAGAAGCCUCCACUGUGGUUAUGAUAACAGUAAACCAAAGAUUUGCUGUCCUAUAUUGAAUGAAAAUAAUGAAACUAAAUCUCAAACGGAAUUGAAUUCUUAUCCAGAACUUGUAAAUAAGAUGUCUUUGCUUCCAAAUGAGACUGUUUGUGGUAUUCAAUACGAAGAUAGAAUAUUUAAUGGGAUACAUUGCGAUAUAGAUGAGCAUUCGUGGAUGGCAAUGUUGCAAUAUACAAAACGUGAAGACAAUAAAAUUUUGAAGAAAUACUAUUGCGGAGGAGUACUUAUAUCUGCAAAUUAUGUCCUCACAGCGGCACAUUGUGUUAAGGGAGAGAUUACGGCCUUGUCUUACAAAUUGACAAACGUUCGUCUAGGAGAGUGGAACACGUCAAGUGAGAUCGAUUGUAAUUAUGGCGACUGCGCACCAUCAGUUGUAGAUGUAGCCGUAGAAGAAAUAAUACCACAUGAAGACUACAAUGCAUCCGAUUCUAAUAAUUAUAAUGAUAUCGCCCUAUUAAGACUGAAGCAGAGCGUUGCAUUUAGUGAUUUUAUCAAACCAAUAUGCCUGCCGUUCACAGACGAUUUAAUGAAUAGUUCAUAUGAGGAUCGCAUUCUUGAGGUGGCCGGUUGGGGUUCGAUAAAUAAUAUAACUCCGAACUCCAGCGUAAAGCUUAAAGCUAAAAUACCAGUGUCCACAAAUGAGAAUUGCAAACGCCUAUACCACCUCCAUAACAUAUCCAUAAGAGACACCCAGAUCUGCGCAGGGGCUGGGAAAACAAAUGAAAAUUGUUGCAAGGGUGACUCUGGAGGAGGUCUUUUUGGACAAACUUAUGGGAUACGGAGACCAGGUCGAGGAUAUGGGAGUAAUUGGUUCCUCUUUGGUAUCGUGUCGUUCGGGCUAUCACCGUGCGGUACUCUGGGAUAUCCAACAGUAUUCACGCGCGUAACUGCCUAUAGAGACUGGAUACUUUCUAAUAUCAAACCUUAGUACUAUGUCUGACAAAUGUACGAUAAUUUUCUAUGAAGUUUA